AGCGAGCUGGGAAGCGGCAGCAUCCCGGGAUAAUGGUACCCGACGCUUCGGCUUCCCCACCGCCCCCAUGGAUCCAACAGGAACCCCCACCACCCCAGCAGGAAACACCUCGGUGGCACCAGGUCCCGGUGCGCUGCGGCUCGCCGGGGGCCGGAGCCGGUGCGAGGGCCGGGUGGAGAUGGAGGAGGCGGGUGCCUGGGGCACGGUGUGUGACGAUGGAUGGGACCUGGCCGAUGCCGACGUGGUGUGCCGGCAGCUCCAGUGUGGCCAUGCCGUGAGUGUCCAUGGUGGUGCUGCCUAUGGCCGGGGCAAUGGAUCCAUCCUCCGGGAUGAAAUGGGGUGUGAGGGACACGAGGAACAUCUCUGGGACUGCCUGGCUGCGCUGGAGCACGACUGCAGCCAUAAGGAAGAUGCUGGUGUGGUGUGUUCAGAGCACCAGCAGUGGCGGCUCUCGGGGGGCCGGGACGGCUGCGCGGGCCGGGUGGAGGUGCUGUUCCGUGGCACGUGGAACACGGUGUGUGACAGCACGUGGUACGAGCUGGAGGCCAGGGUGCUGUGCCACACGCUGGGCUGCGGGGCCCCGCUCCGGUACCCCUCCUACGGCCACACGCUGCCCGGCAGGAUGCUCUACCAGUGCGAGAGCCACCAGCCAUCGCUGGCCUAUUGCCGCUGGACGUACAAUAAGUCAGCUCCUUGCUACCAGUCCCGGGCGGCUGGUGUCAUCUGCAAUGGCUCCUUGGGCUUGCAGAUACCAACCCCGAUGGCCACGGUGACACCGAACGUAUCACGAGCUGUGUCUGUUCUCUAUGCUGAUGAAGGUUCCCUGGAUGCGGGAUCACGGGCCCCUCUGCACGUGCCCCUCUUCAUCCUCUGCCUGGUGCUGGCAGCGCUGCUCCUGCUCACCGUGGUGGCCUUCACCGCUGCCCUGCUGAGGGUGAGGAAGAGGAGCGCCCACACCAUGUCCUCCCUUGGGCUAUCCGGCCCAGUCGUGGUGACCCACAGCUCCCAGCGCCCCGAUGUGCCCUCUGGGACCUCCAAUGACUACAGGGAUAUGCCCCUGAGCAUUCCCAAAGGACCAGGUAUGUCUGGGUGGUCCCUGUCUCCCCCCCAUGGGCUGUGGAUAGCAAUGGCUGCCCCAUCCCCAUCUCAUCCCUCCAUCCCGCUGGUCACAGCCCUCCCCAAGGACUCCGACUCUGAUUCCGACUAUGAACACUACGACUUCAGCAGCAAACCCCCCGUGGCCCUGUCCACCUUCCACAAUUCCCUGCGCCGGCAGCCCCGGGAGCAGCUCCUCCUGCUGAUGCCCAACAGGAAUGGGAUGGAGCCAUUCCCGGAGGAGGGACUGGCCAGGCCGGGAUCCACAUCCCAUGGCAGCGCCUCCACCUCCUCUUCAUCCAUGUCCAUGGAGCCCUAUUGCAAUGGCAGCGUGUCCCCAUCAGUCUGCACGGGGCACCCCAACAGUGGCACCCACCAGCACAUGGCACCCACUGCUCACAGCUGCACAGGAUCAGCGCCCCACAUGCCCCCGGUGGCGGUGUCCCCCCCUGGAUGUGAGGGGGUCCCCGUGUCUGCAGCAGCCCCUGACCCCAGUGACAGCUCCAGCACCUCCUCGGGGGAGUGGUACGAGAACCAGAGCACGGAGACACCCGGGGACCCGGCCCCAUGGACUGGGGGGGACCAAGCCCCAUGGACUGGGGGGGACCAGGCCCCAUGGACCGGGGGGGACCCCUCUGAGGGCAGCGACUACGAUGACAUCCAGGGCUCUGCAGGGGUCCCCAAAGCCGGGUACGGCAUGAACAGGGAGCUCCUGGCCACCAUCACCGGCUUCUAUCCACCGGCAGCAUCUUUACAUGGGCACAAGAAUGAUCUGAGCCCCCAGAAUGGCCUUUUCUCCCCCAAAAUAACCAAACCCAGGCUGCGGCUCACGGGCGGCGGGUGCCGCUGUGCCGGGAUGCUGGAGGUGUAUUGGCAUGGCAGAUGGAACCGUGUGUGCCGGGAUGGUGUGAUCAGAACUGGUGCCAAUGGCACGUGCCGGAGGCUGGGCUGUGGUCCCCCCAUCACUGAGCCCCUCCGGCUUCUCUUCACCAACUGGAAGGAGCCACACAUGGAGCGGCUGCGGUGCCUGGCGCUGGUGGAUGCUCCGGUGGGAUGCUUGUGGGAGCCGGCAAACUGCACGGAGCACAUGGUCCUCACCUGCAGCGAGCUGCUGAAAACCACCCCAGAGCCACCCCCAGCCACCACCCCAGAGCCCAUCGGUCCCCCCCGGCUGCGCCUGGUGGACGGGGACUCCGGCUGCUCGGGCUUCCUGGAGCUGCACAAGGCGGGGACGUGGGGCUCGGUGGCCGCCGGCCGGAGCAUCCCCGCGGUGCUGGCGGCCCGUGUGUGCCGGGCCCUGGGCUGCGGUACCGCGCUCGCCAGCGCCGCGCCGCAGCGGGACAGCCUCUUGCCGGUGCGCUGGGAGGUGAUGGAGCCCUGCGGGAGCCACCGGCUCCUCGAGUGCUUCAAUAGGAGCAGCGCCCGGCGCCGGGCGGAGCCUGCCUUCAUCCGCUGCUCCGGCUCCCAGCCCCAGGCCCUGCGGAGGCUGGCAUCCGGCCCCACACCAUGCGAAGGGGACAUCGAGGUCUUCCACGAGGGCCGGUGGCAGGUGCUGUGCGACAACAGGGCCCUGCGGGUGCAGUGGGGCAGGGAGCUGUGCCAGGAGCUGCGCUGCGGGAACCUCUCCUCCAGCACUGAAAUCCGGGACCCCCCCUCCGCUGGGGUCACUUGUGGGGCCCCCAACCUGCACCUCUGCCCCAUCAGGCAAAGCCAGAGCUGCUCCCGGAUCAGAGUCGUGUGCCAGGACUCGAAGCCACAUCCCACCGGCACGGCCGCGGGUACCAUCGUGAGCAUCUGCCUGGCCCUGCUGCUCUUCGGCAUCCUCUUGCUCAUCUGUGGGCCUCCUGCUUACAGGAGGUUGAUGAAGAGAAUGUCCAGAAAGAAGCAGCGCCAAUGGAUCGGCCCCACAGGACUCAACCAGAUGGUUUCCUUCCACCGCAACAGCACCAUCACCCAGAGGCCACGGGCAGAGGGGCAGCGGGUGCAGGGGGGGGACAACGACUACGCUCAGCCCCCCCAGAAGAGCUCCUACACCUCGGAGUAUCCAGGUGAGUGUGGGAGGAUGCUGGGAACGGCUCCUCCAUGUCCCAUUCCCAUUGGGAACAAUCCACCCGCCGUAACAAUGCAUCCAUCACCCCACAGCCCUGGAACGAGCGUUCAGACCUUCCAACCCUCCGGAUAACUCCUCGGAUAGUGACUACGACCUGCACUCUGCCCGCAGAGUGUGACCCCCUUGGGGUGCUGGUCCCCAUCCGGUCCAUCCCCCUGCUCAUGACACGUGGCAGCAAAGCUCUGCAACUGCUCUAUUAGUGGCUUUACCUGCAUUAUGGGGACAAAUGACUUUAGUUUAGUUCAUCAGUCACCUUCCCCAUGUGGGAAAAGGUGGGAUGAAGCAUGAGGAGUGACCGGAUCAAGCUGAAGAUGUCCCUGCCCAUGGCAGGGGUUGAACAAGAUGAUUUUGGAAGGUCUUUUCCAACCUAAACCCUUCUGUGGUUCUAUGCAAUGAUGAAUUGAAGGGAGGUGAUGGAAGAUGCUGGCACAGGGUGCCCAGAGAAGCUGUGGCUGCCCCAUCCCUGGCAGUGUUCAAGGCCAGG